ACAUGACGGUUGAUCGGUACAUCAUUUCAGGACAGCAGCUCAACCGCAGCCAAGUUGCUUUUUUCGGGAAUUACUUCCACCAAAGAGGUAUUUAACAGCCUGUGGGUCGGGGGGAUGGAGUUUAAUCUGCUGGCGGACACCGAGGCCCGCAGCCCCGCACUGUCUCUGUCCGACUCCGGCACUCCGCAGCACGACGCGGCGUGUAAAGGCCAGGACAACAGCGACACAGAGAAGUCGCAUCAAAAUCAGACAGAUGAAUCAAACCCCGAAGAUGGCUCAUUAAAGAAGAAACAGCGCAGGCAGAGGACACAUUUCACCAGCCAGCAGCUACAGGAACUGGAGGCAACCUUCCAAAGAAACCGUUAUCCAGACAUGAGCACACGAGAGGAAAUCGCCGUAUGGACAAAUCUCACAGAAGCACGAGUGAGGGUAUGGUUUAAAAACCGUCGUGCCAAGUGGAGAAAGAGAGAAAGGAACCAACAGGCUGAGCUGUGUAAGAACGGCUUUGGCGCUCAGUUUAAUGGACUCAUGCAGCCCUAUGACGAUAUGUACUCCGGCUACUCAUACAACAACUGGGCCACCAAGAGUUUGGCUAGCAGCCCCCUAUCAGCCAAAAGUUUCCCUUUCUUUAACUCUAUGAAUGUUAGUCCCUUGUCUUCGCAGCCCAUGUUCUCUCCACCAAACUCCAUCCCCUCCAUGAACAUGGCAUCCUCCAUGGUGCCCUCAGCAGUGACAGGGGUGCCAGGAUCAGGGCUGAAUAACCUGGGCAACUUGAACAAUCUUAACAGCCCUACGCUCAACACAGUGUCAGUGUCAGCGGCUACCUGCCCCUAUGCCACAACUGCCAGCCCAUACAUGUACAGAGACACUUGUAACUCCAGCCUGGCUAGUCUCCGGCUCAAAGCCAAACAGCACACCAACUUUGCAUACCCUGCUGUGCAAAACCCCGUAUCUAACUUGAGCCCAUGCCAGUAUGCAGUAGAUCGGCCAGUAUGAAUCACUUCUGCUCAUAUGAAAAAAAAUCCCCAUCCUGUCCUAAAACCCACUACUGAUCUAGACUGCCAUUUCAUUCUAAGGCAUCAAACCAGCAAUAUGGACUGGAUACAAACAUGCAACUUUUGAAAAUGACUAAGACCUAGGAAUAAGGAAAUAAACGAGAAAUUAACACAAAAUGGACCAUAUAUAAAGGACUUGAUCGUUACACUUGGCUUUGAUCUGGGCAAGUGGAUCUCUAAACUUUUUUCUCUCCAGCAUGACUAGAGUGAAUGACAAAGAAGAGGAUUGAAAGCUUUUUAUUGCAUUGGUUAAAAAUAAAGCCUUGCAAGGAAAAGUGUCUAAACUACAUUCGCCACAAGCCCACAAUGAGGCCCAAGUGUCUGCAACACAGGCAAAAGGAUGUACAUAAUGGCUUUCUGUUUUGUAUGUAACAAAAAAAAUAUCUUUGAAAUGUAGUAUUUUAAAGAAUGAUUUAAGCAUGUUCCUCAACAGCAAAAACCUGGAUAAAUGUGGAUUUUAAAGGAAUUUUAAUCUUUGUUGUGAAUUCCAUUCACCUAGGGUAAGAGGUCGUGUCAAAGGUUGCUGUCAAACAGACGUAGCAAUGAAUAGUUUGAGAGACAGACAAAUAAGUUCAAGAGUAAAAAUAAGUUUCAGCUCUGCUUAAACACUGAGCAAGUAACUAAAAAGCCAUUGAAUAUAGUUUUGUGUGGUGUUCUAAAAAGGGAGUCUAUGACUGUAAAAUAUGUAUGUAAGAGUGCAGUUGUUGAAAAAAAAACUUUUUUUUGGU